UUGUUUAUUUUGCUUAGUGUGUUCUACGAAUCCAGCCAUUUAGUCUUAUCUAAUCAUGCUGAACAUGUUGUAUCAGCCUUACUGUUGCCUCUGACACCAUCAACAAUUAUUGAAACUUUUAAAAAGAUCAACUUUUGAAAUCUAAAGUCUUGCUAUGCGUAAAUAUGGCCAUAUAGUACACUUGCAUCGGAAAAAGAUGUCCAGGAAAAGCACAUAAAGAAGGUGGAUCUGCACGAAUGUCACUCCUCAUCUUAGUGUCCAUCUUCUUAACAGCUGCUUGUGUUAUGUUGAUGGUAUAUAAAAACUUUCCCCAACUUAGUGAAGAGGAGAGAGAAUGUAUAAAAGUUCCUAGAGAUAUGGAUGAUGCUAAAGCUUUAGGAAAAGUACUCUCUAAGUACAAGGAUACGUUCUAUGUUCAAGUAUUAGUGGCCUAUUUUGCUACCUAUGUCUUCCUGCAAACAUUUGCUAUUCCUGGAUCUAUAUUUUUGAGUAUACUUUCAGGAUUUCUUUAUCCUUUUCCAUUAGCUCUAUUUCUUGUUUGUCUGUGCUCUGGACUUGGAGCUUCCUUUUGUUAUAUGCUAUCAUAUUUGGUUGGAAGACCAGUUGUAUAUAGAUAUUUAACAGAGAAAGCAGUAAAAUGGUCAAAACAGGUUGAAAGACACAGGGAACAUCUCAUUAACUACAUAAUAUUUUUGAGAAUCACUCCUUUCCUUCCUAAUUGGUUCAUCAAUAUAACUUCUCCUGUAAUAAAUGUGCCAUUAAAAGUAUUUUUUAUUGGUACUUUUCUUGGUGUUGCACCACCAUCUUUUGUAGCAAUUAAAGCUGGAACUACACUUUAUCAGCUUACUACAGCAGGUGAAGCUGUUUCCUGGAACUCAGUCUUUAUCCUUAUGAUUCUAGCAGUUCUGUCCAUUCUACCAGCAAUUUUCCAGAAUAAACUUAAACAAAAAUUUGCAUAAGGAUCAGCCUGGAUCUUCAUUUUCCAUUUCAUCUCAGGAUCCGCUCUACUUCUGUGAUUCCUUUUCUAAUGGAUGUUAAAUAACUUAGUAAGAGGAAGUUGAAGAGACACAGAAGUUUUUAGAACUUUUGUUCAGUUAUAUUUAUGGGGGGGGGGGACAAAAUCUACAGCUGGAAGAAAAUUUUAAGGUGAACCAUACCUUUUGAAGAAUUCUGAGGCAUUGUCAAUUUUAAUCUAUAAUAUUGAAUCUGAAUUUAUGCUUUGAUUCCUUUUUGAUCAUUUAAUAUGAAUUAUUUGUUUCUCCCAUCUUUUCCUCAUCACUGAAUCCUAAGAAAUUACAAAUUGCACAAUGAAUUCUAUAAUCCCAAUGGAGUAAAGAGACUGCAUCAUUUCUUUAUGCAUAAAGUCUUCGUUGAAUACACCAUUAGGUGGCUUGACCAGUGUUUUUCAGAAAUUUCUGGGUCCUUGUUUUUUGCUCAUUUUGUAAAAGAUUGAAUGAUUUAAUUGUAGGAUAUUAUUUUUUUGUUUUCUUGAAAUGGAGCUAAUUUAUCAUGGUACAUAAAAAUACUACUUUUAAUAUUCCUAUCUUGUUUGUGAGCAUUUCAGUUAUUUGGCUAAAAUUUAAUGAAAUUUUAUUACUUAUCUAUCAAAAAGCAACAGUCAUCAGAAUACAUUUUAUAGUGGUAGUUUUGUAGGAAAAUAUGUAGGAAUGACCUUUUAUUUUGCAAUCGUUUUCUUUUGGAUGGCAGGAUUUGUUAAAGUUUCCAGGUGUUGCACCAUUUUUAAAACUUAUAAAUACAAUCUGGCUAAGUAAAAAAUCAAUGAAUUGCUUGAAUCUAAAACACCAAAGAUGUUCCAAGUUCCCCUUAAAGCCCAGAUUCCUUCGGUCAUAUUUUACACAGCAGUUGAAAUGAAUGAGAAGUGCCUAAGUAUGAACAAAUUUCAGCCUGCAAUAGAAGAAGUAUUAUUCAUUCACUGGGCAAAGAUUAACCUGCAGAAAUUGUAUAUUUUGUAAAUAGGCCUUGCUAAUAUGAUGUAUCCUUUUUCAAAUGGAAAAGUAUCAUAUUAAAAAUGGAAUGAAGAUUGA